AUGGCAGCGUAUAAAAACGUGAUCGUCAAAUACUGCGACUUUAAUAAUCAUAUUUCCGGCGGAGACACUGCUAUGAUACAAUUUAAAUAUUUCGAAAACGGUGUGACGUACGUCUGCAGAUGCAGACCGGUGACCCGCGCUGGAACAUUCAACCGGAAUGGCCAAGAUAAUGUACAUUUAAUCACAUGUCGAAUCGAGAUGAGAAGCAGCACACGAGCAUUAUAA